AUGCACGCCUUCCGCGCUCUCCGCCCUGCCGCGCGCCGCGUGCCGUUCCAGCCCUCGACUCUUCCCAGAAUCGUCCGCUGCUACAGCUCCAAGACCUACGAAUACAUCCAGGUUUCUUCGCCCAAGCCCGGCGUUGGACAGGUCACACUCAACCGCCCCAAGGCACUCAACGCCCUCUGCACCCCACUCAUCAAGGAGCUCAACGAAGCGCUUAACGAAUUCAACUCCUCUGAUGAUACCUCCGUUAUUAUACUGACUGGCUCCCAGAAGGCCUUUGCUGCCGGUGCCGAUAUCAAGGAGAUGGCCCCCCUUACCUUCUCCGAGGCAUACACCAAGUCCUUCAUCGAGUCCUGGUCCCUCUUGACCACCCAGAUCAAGAAGCCCAUCAUUGCUGCCGUCUCUGGCCACGCUCUCGGCGGCGGCUGCGAGCUUGCCAUGAUGUGCGACCUCAUCUACUGCACUGAAAACGCCAACUUUGGCCAGCCCGAAAUCAAGCUCGGCACUAUCCCUGGUGCUGGUGGCAGCCAGCGUCUUACCCGCGCCAUUGGCAAGUCCAAGGCUAUGGAGCUGAUCCUGUCUGGCCGUUCCUUCUCUGGCGCUGAUGCUGAGAAAUGGGGUCUUGCUGCUCGCGCAUUUCCUAGCUACGAAGUCUUGAUGGAGGAGACCGUGAAGCUUGCCGAGCAGAUUGCUGGCUACUCCCGUGUCGCCGUCAUGGCCUGCAAGGAGGUUGUCAACAAGAGCCAGGAUCUCCCUCUGCGUGAUGGUGUCGAGUAUGAGCGCCGUGUUUUCCACAGCUUAUUCGGCAGCAACGAUCAAAAGGUUGGCAUGAAGGCUUUCGCCGAGAAGCAGAAGCCCGAGUGGACUCACUCUUAA